AUGCCGAACUGCAGCUUUACAACGUUCGACUCGACGCUAUGGAUGACUGCGAUCCGCUCUAUCGUGCCUGGAGACGCGCUGUCCAUUGACUAUGGCAAUUUCUUCUACCGCCCGACAUCAGAACGCCAGGAGUCUCUCUUGGACUCGUACGGGUUUAUCUGCACGUGUGAAGCCUGCGUGACGAUGGCAGACCCCACGCGCGCCGUCCGCUGUCUGUCAGCUAUCUGCCUGGAAGGUAUCAUGCUGCCGUGUCCCGUGCGGAACACAGUGGCGAGCAACUGCAUUGGACUGGACCAGUUGCGUUUCGAGUGGCGAUGUCAGGCAUGCGGUAAGAUCGCAGACGCCGCAGAAUGCACUCGCAUCUUGGCAGCAGAGCAGGAACUGAUCGAGAAUGGGUUCCCGCAGAGUCUCGAUGAGGUGGACGCUGUCGUGCGUCGCAGCGUGUUGCACGAACGUCACUACCUGUUGUUCUGGGCCCUUGAUACCAUUGGAUGCGAAGCUACUGGUCCCACGACGUUUCAAGUCGAAGCGGAGAGUUCUCGGCGAGAGCUGGCUGAGGUCUGGGAGCGCAUUGUUGCGUAUAUGAACGUGGUGGUCCCGACAGCUCAUCAUGAGAAGAUCAUCUACUACGACAACCUGGCUCAGGUCCAGGUGGUCCUCGGUGAUCUUGCAGCGGCCAGUCAAGCCUAUGGACGAGCCCACGAACUAUCGUGUCAAGUCAGCGGUGCGAACUGCUCUCCGACACGCAAAUUGCAGCGUCUGAUGGAGAAGCCUCCGCAGACGGUUGAGGAGCUGCGGCAGUUGUAUGCAGCCGAGGCACAGCACCGUCAGCGUCCGUCGAACGAGGUCGAGGAUGACGAGAUGAGCGACGAGUGA